AUGGAUGGAAAGCACCAUGGUCACACACACCUUCAGGCACAAUGGUUGGCUAGGGUCAUUUGCAUGACACAGAUGGCCUCGGAGACAUUUGCCGAGAUACAGCGAAAUAGGGACACCAAUGCGGCGAGGUUGGCGCCUCGACAAGAAAGAAUUUUAGGCCCGGGCCAAGCCCGAUGUUUAUCUGCCAUCUGCCAUCGUGGACUUUUGCUGUCAGGCAUGUUGGGGGCAACGACAACGACAGCUCGCGCUGUGGUUGGUGGGAAGUUCGGCAUGCGAUCCCGGAAUAUCUCCCGGACAAAUUCCCUUCCCCCAACCCCCGGGGGCCCUACUUUGACUCGGGUGGAUUGUGCGGUGCAAUUGGCGGGCGAUGCGCGGCACGACGAGCUCGAUGUGGAUGGAGGGGUGUGA